AUGGUUCUUGCGGUGCUGAGUUGGUCAUUCGAUAAAAAGAAAAUUGCUGUGCCACCCCGUGACCCCAACGGCCUCGAGAAAUUCGAGGGUCUUGAUCUACAGACUUGUUGCCCUUGGAAAUAUGCCAUUGUUAACGUCGACACUCGUGGCUCGGCGCAUGGCGAUGGCCAGACUUGCGUGAUGGAAACUCAAAAUGCAGAGGACAGGCAUGAUGUCGUUGAGGCAAUUGGACGUAGGGACUGGUGCAAUUGCAGCAUCGGCAUGGCCGGUAACGGUUGA